GAUUUUAUGACCCUUAACGUUGGCACCAUAAUCGACUCAGCAGUACUUCCGAAGGGCUUGGCGCUGUUUGCGUGCUUCACAAAGAGUGGAUGUGGACUUUAGCACUUGGUUUUAUGAUCAGCAAAGCUUAGAAUGCGAUCUUUGUCAUUAAGCAGUGUCGGACAUAUGAUGCUAACUUGAGCGAGAAACAGAUGUAAGGACGGAUUAACGAAAAUAGCCGGAAUUACAGCUUUCAGAUCUUGGACUGGAAGCUUCUACAAUGUUUGUAAAUGACAGCUGGUCUCCUGCCACACAGAUCCUCAGAGGGUCUCUUCAUUCAUACAAUACGAAUCCAGAGGGACAGUCCUCUCAGCGGUCCAGUGUGUCGCGACCCAGUGGCAGGGCCAUCUACAUGCAGAGGAAGGAGUAUGCAGAGUCCGUAUGCAAGCAGCCAAACAACCUCCAGUACAGGGUGGAGCAUCUGCUCACUGCUGAUCUGGACGGAAAGGAGCUAAGGGGGCUGGAUGACUGUGUGACCAAGCUGAGGGGGCUGGAGGCCCAGGCUCGCGUGUGGGAGCAGGACAUGAUGCUGGAGGUGCAGGGGGGGCACUUGCUGCUCUCGGACAUUGAGACUAAGGAGGAGCUAGAGGCCCUGCCCCUGGCCAGCGUCUCCCAGGUCCGGGCCGUGCUGGACAGCUGCGGCUACAACUCGCUGCUGCUGCUGGCUGUACAGGAGCGUGGCAGGCCCGCCCGGGUCUUCAUGUUCCAGUGUGAAGAGAUGGGGGCAGAGAACAUCAGAGAUAACCUGGAGAGAGUGGUCCAGCACAGGAAGGAAGAGGCGACCGAGAACCUUCGGAGGAACCAGUACAGCAUUAGGAGCAAUCUGGAAAAUAUCAUUGGCCAGGAAAGCAGAGGCAGGUUCCAGAAUCUCGGGCCUCCGCAGAAACAGCCAGACAGGAAUAUUACUUCUCCAGAUCAUCCACUGCCUCACUGGAACCACCCAGAUGAUCAAUACAGCGGCCUUCGUUCUGCCCCAGCCUUCUUCAGGGAUGAGUCUCGCAGGAGGCCAGAGGAGACCCCUCCCCUCCCUCAAACGCAUGUCAAGAGGGAUGUGGAAAUCUUCAAUCACAUCGUUGAUGAUCUAGAGCACUUCAAGGCCAAGCUGUCAGCCGCACCCACACCGAAGAAGAAAGGGAAGAAGGGGGACAAGAACCAAAAAGCGAUGCCUCCACCCAGUGAAUUUGUGCUCUGCUUGCAGAAAUUCAAGUAUGGAUUCAACCUUAUGGGCAGAGUUAAUGGACAAAUCAGUAAUCCCAGUGCUGAAGACUUUGUGCACAUUCUCUUCUUGUCUCUGCACUUCGUAGUGUCACACUGCCCCCCAGACCUGCCCCCUUCCGUCAUCAGCCCACUGCCCACAGAGGCAGCUCUCCGGCUUAUGACACAGGUGGUCACCCCUGAGGAGAACAAACUUUGGCAGUCCCUGGGAGACGCGUGGAAAAUACCGAGGUCCAGGUGGCCAAAUGGGGACAUGGUCCCUCCAUACAAACCAGUUUUUUAUGAUGGCUGGGAGCCACCUGUCACCAGUAAUCAGCCCAUCAGCAGGUCUAACAGCGAGCAAUACCAGAAGGAGAGACCCUCCCAGUUCCUUGCAGUGCAGAGUUCUGGUCCGUGGGACGCACCACCGUCACAGGGUCCGGCGCCUUACAUGCGUGUGACAUACGACUUCAUGAGCAGGAACCCCCAGGAGCUCAGUGUCAUGAAGGGCGACCUGGUUCAGGUGCUAGAUCAGUCCAAGCAAUGGUGGAAAGUGCGUAACAACCUGAAGAAAGAGGGAUAUGUUCCCCCUAACCUGCUGGAGCCCCAGGAGCAGGACAGGUUCCCGGAGCAGCCUCAGGGUCUGCGAUCAGCUCCGCCCCUUAACAUGAUGUCACAGCCCGAGGAUGUCAGGGCCUGGCUGGAGUUCAAGGGCUUCUCCAAAAUCACGGUGCGCAGCCUCGGGGUGCUUAGGGGCGCCCAGGUCCUGGCUCUGACACGUGAGGAGCUAAAGACCGUUUGCCCUGAGGAGGGCGCCAGGGUCUUCUUCCACCUUCAGGGAGUGAAGUCAGCUUUGGCUCUGGAAAGCGAGAGUGGACGGGACCCCUACAGGAGGCUGUACAUGCAUUCAAGUAGACAAGAGCAAUAGGCCCGGAUGCCUGGACUGAACAGAUUAAAAUAACGUGGGAACAUGAUAGUAGAUGGAAAUGCAGUGUGGUAUAAGACUGGCAGGAAUUUAUGUUCUGUUAGGCUUCAUGGCUUUCAACUAACUAGCAUUUUACCUCAAAAUACCAAAUGUUAAUGACUUAUUUAUAUACAUAUAAAGAAUUGAUUUAUAUUCUUAAUGCAACUAUGAAUCAAAUAACUGCUUUGAAAUGUUGGUACUAAGGAGAGAUUGAUUGUAAUAAAGUUUAACUUGACUGUCUGUUGGCCAUAGAAUGUGGAGCAUUUUCAUUUAAUCUGUGUAAGAAAACUUCUUCCUUAAAGCAUCCCAAAGGUUAUUGUGAUCGACUGCUCCAAUAGUCCAUUGACUUUAUCUACCACUGUCUCUAUGUACUAAAUUAAAGGUAUUACUGGAUUUUUAAUAAAUGGAAAACAUUCACUGUA